CUGCGUUUGCGCGAUUUGAUGACGCUGGGAGAACGCGCUUCCAAGUGUCAGUUGAGAAUCAGCUGUCCUUCAACCUUUUUUUUUCUUUUGCCUCGUACCUUACCUUUUUUUUUCCGACUGGAUUUCUCCUUCGCUAUGGGGAAUGACACUUCGCGUAUGAUGAUGAGCUGGCUCGUUCGAAUUGUCACGGCUGGCUGGCCGUACGACGUCCUCGCGAUCCGUGAUCGUGAACUCUCAGAAGGGGAACGAUCCCGGCCAUAUCACCGACGACAGGUUGCUGAACCAAAAACAAGCCUAAAGCAUUUUGGUACCAGCUUGGCCAGCUCGGGAACGGACUGAUCAGUAAUCCUAUUGCCAGUACAAUGGCUCACUUUGGCCUACUGCUCGACAUUGACGGGGUGAUAGUGCGUGGCCGCAAGGUGAUCUCGCAUGCCAUCAAGGCGUUCCAAAAAUUGGUGGACUCUAACGGCAGGUUUCGAGUGCCCACCAUUUUUGUGACCAAUGCCGGAAACUCACGGAGGCAGGACAAGGCAGCCCAGCUGUCUCAGUGGCUUGGAGUCAAGAUCACAGAGCACCAAGUUGUGAUGUCGCACAGCCCACUGCGCAUGUUCCAGCAAUUUCACGACAAGCACUGCCUCAUUUCGGGUCAAGGUCCCAUCGUGGACAUAGCACAUGGGCUUGGGUUUCGUAAGGUGUCUACAGUGGAUCAUCUGCGUACACAUUUCCCCCUUUUGGAUGCCGUCGAUCAUAAGCGAAGACAAACAGAGCCGUCGCCCUAUGAGCGAUACUUCCCAAGAGUUGAAGCGGUGGUGCUGUUUGGAGAGCCCGUGAGGUGGGAGACGAGCCUGCAGCUGAUCAUGGACGUGCUGAUGACAAAUGGCUCUCCCUGCACGGCGCCCCCGUCCGUGCCCUACCCACAUGUGCCGCUCCUCGCCUGCAACAUGGACCUGCAGUGGAUGGCCGAGGCCUGUCUACCCAGAUUUGGUCAUGGAGCUUUCCUAGUUUGUCUCGAGAACCUCUACAAGAAAAUAACAAGCAAGGACAUAAUCUACACGGCCCUGAUUGGAAAGCCGAGCGAGAUCACUUACCUUCAUGCCGAGUCAUGUGUUCAGGAGGAAGCAGAGAGGCUUGGCAUCAUGCAUCCUAUACGACGUCUCUUUGCCAUUGGUGACAACAUCAACACAGACAUCUAUGGUGCAAACCUUUACAACCGGUACCUGGAGCACCGCCGCAAGGAUGACUUUCCCAAGGCAAUUCUGGCUGCUGGCUCCAACACUGCCAGAGAGUCACUCAAGUCUGACAUGUCCAAGGAUUCUCAGUCUUCAGUUGAGAUGGUGGGCAACUGCGGCGCCACAAGCUGCAUCUCGGUCCUGGUGCACACGGGGGUAUACAACGAGGAUCUGCACGACGACAGCUGCGACCACACGCCCCGGGACCUCCCUGCGGAGGUGGGGCUCAAAGAGCCCACCUACCGCGUCGACAACGUCCUCUCGGCCGUCGAGCUCAUCUUUGACCGCGAGGGCUUCUCUUGAUGCCAGUCCCCGUCGUCUAACUAAGGACAACUUGCCGAGGAUUCUCUCCCACCUCUUACCGUCUCUGUCGUUGCAUGUAAUCCCAUUCUUCCGGAACCCCUGGGUCUGCUUUUUUUACGGCGUCUCGAACGUGUCUCCGAGUGGUGUGCUUAGUGUCCUAUUCCACCCGUGUGUCGGAAGUGGUCCCAAAGUGGCAACAAAUGACGUCGCGUGAGCCGGAGUGUCGUGACGUCCGACAGCUUGACUCUCCGAUGUAAGAGUCGGAAAAAAGCACGUGAGGAUGCGAGUGUCGCCGUCGUAGCGGCCUUCUAACUCCUGCCUUCCGAUCCUUUUGUGGACCGGAGAACGGCCGGCAGCUGAACAGGCAUCUGCCACGUACACUGCUGCUGCUGCGACACCGCCGAAAUUGCAGCCGGCAUUAGUGCGACUCUUUUAUGACAUCAUUGGGUGGAAAUAGAGGGACCGCUUUUUGGAACGCAGUAGACAGACCAGUUAGAGGCACGUUCAAGGCACCAUACGUUUGCUUCGUCGGGUUCUUGCCCGUUUUUUUGCGUAAGAACGCUUCCUCGAUACCCGUGAAAGACGAAGCCGUGUUGGUAGUUUUUUUCCAUGCUGGCGCCGAAGCGGUGCAGUGUUCGCCGUCUUCUCGGUUCUCUCGGCAUUGUAGUCAGUGGUGGGUUUUAAAAUAACAAAUUGCAUUUUGCUUUCUGGGUUUUAGCGAGAGUUUGUAGUGCCGGAUUUGUGCAGGGAUGUUAAGAUGUUAUCCAUAAGAUGGGAAGGAGUGUGUGUCAAGUCAGAGUUACACUCUUGUGAUAGAGCUGAGACCUUGUCAUUGAGUCACCAUCAAGACUGGGAAAGUGACACUGUAGACUGCAUGGUCGUUUAAUAAAUAAGUUGGCAAUCGGACUCAACGUAAAACUUAAUAGGAACUAUGUAACAGCUUGAAAAUUGUUGACGCUUCUUUUACUUAUUGUUGCUUAAAUAAAAAAAGAUAAUUAUAUGCCAAAUAAAUUUCCACUCAUGUUGUUUAGCUUUAGAAUUAGUGAUAGUAGCUACCUCUCAAUCUAUUUUUUUUACCGAAACAUUCCAGCUAGUAUCCACCUUUUUUACUUACCAUGCAGAUUCUAUGGUGUCAUUAGUGUGAAGAGCUUUUAGGUUGCUUUUAUGGACGACCGUCUAUAGACAGCCUUCUUAGGGUGUUGAGUCUAGUACUGUGUGUCGCACUUACUCGGAGCAGUUGUAGGAAAUAAUACCGCAAGCAGCUCUUGGUUGUUGGUUUCUUCGGUUUUCUAGGUGCAUUUUUUGGAAUGUGUGACAUUUGUUGUCCUUUCAUAAUAAAGAGCUUUUGAAAGGGGGCAAAGUUGACCAAGUAUGCUGUGGAUGUUGGGGAGAGCUUGAUUACCGUGGUAAGCAGUGUUGGCCAUCUGAGUGUGGCCCUAAGAGAAUACAACAGGUAUGUCAGAAACAGUUGGAGUGCUUGGUGUGAAGGGAGCGACUGAGCCCUGCAAUUGUCCAGUCGGUGGUUUGUUUUUGGAGUCGAACUGGGCAUUAUUCCAGUUCGGUUUAGGUUCAGUAACCUUGUAUUUUGUUCCGGUUCAGUGAUUAAUUCUAAAUAAUGGUUUGGUUACCGGUUUCACCAAGGCACGAACCUGAUGAAACCGGUUCUUAAAAAGCAAAGCCCACAGCUCCCAGUCAUUAAGUGAGUUUAAUAUGUCAUUUGCACUUAAAGAAAAGAUAAUUGGAAGCUGCGCUGCGGAAACUAGGACAGCAAAGCAAAUAUAUGCUUAAUUUUGUUUUGUGAUCUUGAUUUUUUAUUCCAAACACCGUUCUACACAAAUUAAGUGGUGAUACAGGCACUCGGAAACAGUACCGAAGUACACUGACAAAUGAAGUCAAUCAGCCGGCACGCGCCGUGACACCAUGACCGUAGCAUGCACCAUAGUUGCCAACUAGCCACCGUUCUCUACGCCUUUCUCAAGUGACUGAGUUCAAAAUGAGAAAUGCAGCCGAAAAAUAAAAAAAAGGCAGAAGAGAAACGGGCGACAUGAUGCUUUAAAAAAGCACACCACAAGAUUCUUCAACUCUGGGAAAUGGGUAUCCUGGCAACCGGCGCCGUGGUGUCAGUCAUACUCGUCGCGGCUUCGCCUCUUGGCGCCUCCAGAUUUUGCCACCACGGAACAAACAUGCUGACAGCUGGGACUUUUUUUUUUCCUUGAGGAAUAUUGUUUAGCAGCAAAAAGAAGAAACAUGACACAGAUAUAGAGAACAGCUCUUUAGCCUUUUGGCAUAGUGAGAUAUACUUUGUUUCACCUUACGAUGUUCCAUGAUGGACGCUACGAGCAACUCGCGCCAAUCCAUAGUUCGUAGCUUGUCGUGGCUUUUUGUGCUCCCCGCGUUGCACUGCCCAACCGGAAGGGCAUGUGACACCCUGCGAGCUAAUGGACUGGCUCCAGUGGCUUGUAGCAUCCUUUGCUGUCCUAUAAUAAGGUGAGACAAAGUACAGAAGUGUAUGCAUCCGUGCCGACGCCAAGUCGUGCUGCACAUAGAUGUCAAAUAUUUUUGUUUGUUUCAUUAUUAUUGAGCUGUCUCCACGUCGCUGCCGUUUGUUAAGUCAAAACUACACCACUGACACCACCCGCAAAUAUGUAAUUGACUUCGAGCCGCCACCCGCAAGAAGUCGCAGCUCACAAUUUUCUACACGAAACCGUAUUCCAGUGAACCGGUAACCGCCACAUGAGAUUACGGUUCUAUUCUGGUUCAAGUUCAAUGUUAGAUGUUUGAUUUUGGUUACAGUAUUGGUUAGGUCAAAGAACUGUUUUGCACCGGUUUUCAGUUCGGGUUCAGUUGGAUACCCAGGUUCCGUUCUAUUACUUCUUUUCUCCUUCAAAACCAUAUUGUCAAAGCUUUUAACUUGCAGUGAAGUGGCAUCGUGUGCGGUGCUUUGUUGCUUUUAACAAUGAGCCCUGGUUUCCGCAAGUCUGUGCUGCUAUUUUAUGCCCUCCUCGCAACAUUUUACAGCAUCCCUGUUAGGUUUACAAUGGACAGCUGUUGUUUGCAGUGCACUAGUAAUAAUUUUGUGCUUUCACUUUAAAUUUCUGAGUCAUAUCGGUAUGGAAAUACGGUUUCAUGACUCUGGUUCACUGCUUUGACUCUUGGAGCAAGUCAAAAGAAUAAAAGCUUUUGUUGCAGUUUUUUUUAGCUUUUUUUUAGGGCAUCAUUUUUGCCUUUUGCUUUAUUUUAUAUUUCAGUUACUUCUAGGUAGUCCCAACAUUCAAGCCUGAUGUCUUUAUUGUUCUCAGGAAACUGCAUUUUUAUUGCACAUGGCAUUCACCUACUAGGUUUGCAAGACUUGUUCUUUGAGAAGUGCCCCAAGCACCUUGGUAUUUGUCUUGCCUUUGGAAUUUCCCUUGCCCUUGGUUUACAUUCUUGUUGUUCAUUCACAUUUAAUGUAUGACUUCAUCCCAAUCCCAACAGUUAACCUUGAUUGUUUCUUUUGUCAAGAUGGUCUUAGUCCUAGCACUGGAAAGCAGCGAUUUUACUCAAGACUAAUCAUGCAUAGUAUUCCUCAAAAUGGCAGUUUUGUAUAAGUGUGUUGUGUUACUGUGUUUAUUUAAAUAUUGUAUGUUUACACCUGAUACUCUGAGUAUGCUAAUUUGGUUUGUGGCUCAACCUUUGCAUUGCACCAUCUUGUUUUGUAUAUAGUGUUGAACUAGCUGGCUCUAAAAAGCCACCUUGCGACAGCAAUAGGCUAAAAGUGUUUUGCCAAUGCUAGGACUAUCCUGUAAAUAAGCCUGGCUACCAAGUAGGAACUAGAAUCAUUUAUAGAAAGGGUUUUAACUAUGUUAAUAAUUUAGAGGCAAGCUCGUAGCAAGUAGGCAAGCUUAUUUAUAAAUAAACUAUUCAUUCAUACACCGAC